UGUGCUCGCUGGGCGGCUUCCUAAUGGCGCUUUCCUUCCGGCGUCUGUCGGCGCGACUGCACGCAUCCAUGCUCCGUCGCGUGCUGAGCUGCGCGCUGUCCUUCUUCGAGGCGACGCCCCGUGGGCGGCUACUGAACCGCUUCUCGGCCGACCUGCACCAGGUCGACUGCCAGCUGUGCAUGACCGCCAAGGAGGUCCUGCAGGCGGUCACCGUGACCCUAGCCCACCUCGCCGCCGCAGGAUCGCAGGCGCCCGCCGCCGCCGGCCUGGGAGUCCUCGCCCUGGCCGCCUAUCUCGUCGUGGCGGCGGUGACGGUGCGGGCCUCCAACGCGCUCCGGUGCCUGGAGAACGCGUGGCUGUCGCGGAUACUGCAGCACCUGACCGAGACGCGCGACUCGAUGAGCAGCGUGCGUUGCUACGGUGCAGCCGCCCUAGUGUGCGGCCGCUUCUACCGGCUCGUCGACGGCGCAAUGCGGCCGUUCUGGGCGCUUGUGGCUUGCGUGAGGCUCACACGCCUCACCGGUGCCGCCGCGGGUCUCUGCGCCGUCGUCGGGUCACUGCUGACCGUUUCGCUUGCCGACUCUGAACCGUCCCAGAGCGGGCUUGGCUUGGCCCUGAGUGCCUCCAUGUCGAUUUCGAUGUCGCUGGCGGCUGUCAACGCGUCCCUGUUCUUCUGUUUCCUGAAUGCGAUCGCCUUCGAGCGGGCUCUCGAGUACACCAGGCUUCCGCCGGAGGAGGACACUGGUCACAAGGACGACUCACAUAAACCAAAAGAAGGGAAAAAGGUCACUGCCGAUAACUCAGCGGAUGUACAGGGUGCCUGGCCUGUCGAAGGAGAGAUCGUAUUCGAUGAGUUCACAGCGUCUUACAAGCCAGGUGUCCUGCCACAAGUUCUUAUGAACGUCUCCCUUGUUAUAAAAGCCCGUGAGAAGGUAGGCGUGGUGGGCCGCACAGGAGCCGGCAAGUCGUCGCUCAUUCUCUCGUUACUUCGAGUGCUGAGGCCGUCGCGGGGCCGCAUCUUCAUCGAUGGUGUUGACAUUGCCUCUGUUCCCCUAAGCACGCUGCGAUCUGCGCUCACCGUCAUUCCACAGGAGCCGUACCUGAUGAAGGGAAGCCUCCGCGACAACCUCGAUGCCUUGCAGAUGCAUUCAGACGAGGAGCUCUGGGAGGCGCUGAGGAAAGCGCACCUGGUUGACUUCGUGUCCCGGCACCCAAGGGGCCUCCUCAUGGAGAUUGAAGACGGCGCCGAUAACCUCAGUGUGGGGCAGCGUCAGCUGGUGUGUCUUGCGCGAGCGCUGCUUCGCUGCCCGCGAGUCCUGCUGCUGGACGAGGCCACGUCGCGCAUGGACGGCGACACGGACCGGAUCGUACAGCGAACGAUACAGGAAGGCUUCGCCGCAUGCACCGUCAUCACGGUCGCCCACCGGCUGCACACGGUGCUCGCAUGCGACAGGAUCUUGGUCAUGAGAGAUGGUGGCGUCGCAGAAUUUGGCACAGUCGCUGAACUAGCCGCCAACCCAAGCUCAGUAUUCCGGGAAAUGGCUCUUACUGCUGGAAUUGACCUUACGACGAUGCUGAAUGUUAGCUAUGAGAAACUUCCGCAACGCUGAGUGCGUGUGUUUUAACAGCUCUUCAUAACGUGAGAAUU